UUUCUUUGGACCAAGUAUUUCUCGUGUUCGAAAUAUGAGUAAUAUUGUUACUAAGUUGAUCUACACCAAGCAACGGAAGACCAAGUCUGAAUAACGGCGUCCAAUCCUCCUUCCAUCUAUAUACAUUCUUCAGGAGGCUUACGAUUUUCGUCAUCAUAUCGGUCUCCAGAUCAAGAUGAAAUGCAAACAGCUUUAUUUAAUCUGCCACCCCUACUCUUUUUUUAACUCGUCCAAUGAACUUUAAAAAUGGCGGAUAAGGAAGUACUCUACGAUUUAGUGUACAUCAUUUCCUGGUUCAAAGAGAUCGAAGUAAAUUAGCUACCGAAUUGUUCGAGACAUCAAAUACGUUCUGACAUGGGGUCGAUAUGCAGGCGAAUCUUCAGAUUCAAAUAUCUGGAUAUGAACAACAUAAACGGUUUAAUCAAUUCGACCUUGAACUCAAAUAAACUAUUCAGUAAAAUGGCAAACAAUGACCAGGAGCCAGCUCCUGUAUUCGUGAAAAAGGAUGAAGUACACGCCUUUGUAGUCCGGUGUAUGGUUGCAGUCGGUGCAAAAAAGGAACACGCUGUAUCACUUUCAGAUCUUCUGGUAUCGGCCGAUUACCGCGGUCACUUUAGUCAUGGAUUGAACCGUCUAGCUAUGUACAUCAACGAUAUCAAGGGCGGCACCACUGUAGGUAACAAGGAACCUACGAUAGAAAAAGAGACUGUUGCCACUGCGUUUGUCAACGGAAAUAAUAUUCUAGGUCCCGUAGUAGGAAAGUUUUGUAUUGAACUUGCCAUAAAGAAAGCCAAAGAUGUCGGUAUAGGAUGGGUAUGUGCAAAAGGCUCUAAUCACUUUGGUAUUGCUGGAUGGUACAGUAUCAGAGCUGUAGAAGAAGGAAUGGUGGGCAUGGCAUAUACUAGCACAUCUCCUAAUGUUGUACCAACAAGGGCACUUGUGCCUGCCUUGGGGACUAACCCUAUAUCGGUAGCAGCACCUGCAAACAAUGAUGACAGCUUUGUCCUUGACAUGGCAACAUCCACAGUGGCAUUAGGAAAAAUAGAGCUUGCAAAACGUAAGGAGACCUCGAUGCCAAAUGGUUGGGGAGUAGAUAAAGAAGGACAGGAGAGCAACGACCCUGGGGCUGUACUUGAUGGAGGGGGACAGAUGCCACUCGGGGGAUCAGAGAUAUGCGGAGGUUAUAAAGGAUAUGGGUUAGCAAUGAUGGUAGAGCUAUUUUGUGGAAUACUCAGUGGAUCCAGCUUUGGACCCAACAUAAGAAAAUGGAAUACGGUGCAUCAAACAGAAGAAGCUAAUCUUGGUCAAUGUUUUGUUGCUAUCAACCCAGCAAUGUUUGCAGAUGGUUUCACUGACAGAAUGUCCACCUUGAACGACCAGAUGAGAGACUUACAACCGAUUGAAGGAGAAACAGAAGUUCUUGUGCCUGGUGAUCCAGAAAGAAAACACAUGCAACUGUGUGAUUCUGAAGGCGGAAUUCCAUACCAUCCUAACCAAAUAAAAUAUGCUACUGAGUUGGCACAAUCCCUGUCCGUUGAGGACCUUAAGACAAACCAGUGAUAUUAUAUAUUAUUACAAGGACAUUUGCUCAAAUAAAAAGCCUGCAAAAUCAGGCAUAUAUUACAAAAUGUGACAAUAAGUCUACCAAUGACACAUAUGUUUAUUAAAUAUAUUUAGCAUAAUAAAUCAUGUUUGGUAUUAUGAAUGUGACUACAUGAUUAAUAUUUCAGUAUUGUAAUGAUUUUAUGAUUGAUUUAAACAUUAGCUCUGAAAUAAGAAAUAUAUUUUUUAUCGAACAUGC